UUUUGUCAAUUAGUUUUGUCAAAAUGGCGUUUAGCUUUCCUGCCUUUUCCUAUAUUAUAGCCCUCAUAAUAGAUGCAUUCCUUAUAUUUUUCUCAAUUUUCCAUGUGAUAGCUUUUGAUGAACUUAAAACUGAUUAUAAAAAUCCAAUAGAUCAAUGUAACAGCCUCAACCCGCUAGUCCUGCCGGAAUAUCUGCUGCACUUGUUUAUAAACGUGUUAUUCCUGCUAUCGGGAGAAUGGUUUUCGCUGUUGAUAAACGUGCCUUUGAUUCUGUAUCACAUACACAGAUACCGCACGCGGCCAGUGAUGUCAGGGCCUGGCCUGUAUGACCCCACAAGCAUAAUGAAUGCAGAUGUUCUGACAGUUUGUCAAAGAGAAGGCUGGAUCAAAUUGGCGUUCUACCUCUUGUCAUUCUUCUUAUACUUAUACGGAAUGAUUGUGGUGCUGAUUGCAGCAUAAUUUGGAUGGCAGACGCCGCAGACCCUAAUGUUAAGUGGUACCCCUGUUGUUUAUAAUUAGCACUCUUAAGUCAUUGUAUGAGGAACAAAUUCGUGUAAAUGGUUUUUACCUGACAGGGAAGCUCAUCAUUUGACUAAUCUGUAUUGGCAGAUCUGUUACAAUAGGUACAUACUUUUUUUUCUUACAGUUCAGUUUAGUUUGACGACUGGUCUGGCCUAGUGGGUAGUGACCCUGCCUGUGAAGCCGAUGGUUCUGGGUUCGAAUCCCGGUAAGGGCAUUUAUUUGUGUGAUGUGCACAGAUAUUUGUUCCUGAGUCAUUGGUGUUUUCUAUGUAUUUAAGUAUUUAAAUAUUAUAUAUAUAUCAUUGUCUGAGUACCCUCUUAUUUAUUAUUAAAAUGAGCUUCUUUUAUUUGAUAUUAUAGUUUGAAUUUCGUUAUAGUUUGAAAAACUUUAUUUUUUAAUUUUCUCAUUUACCCCCCAAAAGUGACCCCCAUGUUUAGAAUUCCUUUGUUUACGUUACAUGUCAGUCUUUGGGUCACAAAUUUACAUUUGUGUACCAAAUUUCAACUUAAUUGGUCCAGUCGUUUUAGAGAAAAUGAGCUGUGACAGACGGACAGACAGACAGACGCACGAGUGAUCCUAUAUGUGAUAAGGGUUCCAUUUUUUCCUUUUGAGGUACGGAGCCCUAAAAAAGUAAAAAAAACAGUAUACUGUCAAUGUUAUCAAUAUUUUGUUUAUCAAAGAAAAUUACAAAAAUUAUAUUGUGUACUUAAUAAAAUCUGAUCAUAAAAUGAAUAUUGUGUGUAUUCACUGCAGAAUCUGAUAGCAACACGCAAUACUAAUAGUAUGUAGGUAAACAGUAACACUUAAUUAUUACACUUGGGUCAGUGUGAAUAUAGUAAUAACAGCAUAUCUUUUACUUUAUCCUGUUGCUGUUUAUAUGUAUCAAUGUCUGUCGGGGUUGUUGCCCUAUAUUGUUGCAAUUCUAGUGACUGUUGUGUGUAAUUUGUGAACGAAAGUAUUUUAUUAAUAAAAAUUACUGCUAAUAAUUUAUGUAA